AUGGCUAAGAAGAGAAGAGCUGCUAUUUUACCAACUAAUAUUAUUCUUUUACAAAAUGUAGUCCGUAGGGACCCAGAAUCAUAUCAUGAAGAAUUCUUACAGCAAUAUUCUCAUUAUGAAUCACUUCGAGAUUUAUACUUGAUUAAUCCAACUGGUGUUGAUUCUAAUUCUACUACUGAAUUUAUUGACUUAAUUGGAUUCAUGUCUGCUGUAUGUAAUUGUUAUCCUAAAGAAACAGCUAAUUUUCCAAAUGAAUUAAAAGAAAUUUUAUUAAAUAAUCAUCGUGAUUUAACUCCAGAAUUACGUGAAAAGAUUAUUCAAUGUUUAACCAUGUUAAGAAAUAAAGAUAUCAUUUCUGCUGAAAUGUUAAUUCAAACAAUUUUCCCAUUAUUAACUACUAAUAAUGCUGGACAACAAGUUAAACAAAUGAGAAAACAAAUUUAUGCUACUUUGGUUGCCUUGUUGAAAUCCGUCAAUACUGGUACAAAGAAUCAAAAAUUGAAUAAAUCGACUCAAGCAUUAUUGUUCAAUUUGUUAGAACAAAGAGAUAAUCAAGGUUUAUGGGCUACUAAAUUAACUAGAGAAUUAUGGAGAAGAGGUAUUUGGGAUGAUUCAAGAACAGUUGAAAUUAUGACUCAAGCAGCUUUACAUCCAGAUGUUAAAGUUGCUGUUGCUGGUGCCAAAUUCUUUUUGGGUGCUGACAAAGAAAGAGAAGAUAAUUUUGAUGAAAGUUCAGAUGAAGAUGGAUUUGAUAUGAAUGAAUUAAGACAUAAAAUGCAAAUCAAUAAAAAGACUUCCAAGAGAGGUAAGAAAUUGGAACAAGCUGUUAAAACUACGAAGAAGAAAAAUAAUGCUAAACAUUCAGCUACAUAUUUGAAUUUCUCUGCUAUUCAUUUAUUAAGAGAUCCUCAAGGUUUUGCUGAACAAAUGUUUGAAAAUCAUUUGAGUAGUAAAAAUUCAAAUAAAUUUGAUUUGGAACAAAAGAUUUUAUUUAUGAAUUUGAUUUCAAGAUUAAUUGGUACACAUAAACUUAUAGUUUUAGGUAUUUACACCUUUUUUUUGAAAUAUCUUACACCAAAACAAAGAAAUGUUACUCAAAUUAUGGCUGCUUCUGCCCAAGCUUCUCAUGAUUUAGUUCCACCUGAAUCUAUCCAAGUUGUGGUUCGUAAAAUUGCUGAUGAAUUCGUCAGUGAUGGUGUUGCUGCAGAAGUUGCUUCAGCUGGUAUCAACACUAUUAGAGAAAUCUUGUCCAGAGCUCCGUUAGCUAUUGAUGCUCCAUUAUUGCAAGAUUUGACAGAAUAUAAAGGUUCUAAAUCUAAAGCAGUCAUGAUGGCUGCAAGAUCUUUGAUUGCCUUGUAUCGUGAAGUUGCUCCUGAAAUGUUGUUGAGAAAAGAUCGUGGUAAAGUUGCCAGUAUUGAACUUCAAAAGGGAGAAAAAUCUGGAUUACCUCAAUAUGGUAUUGAAAACAAUGUUACAUCUAUUCCAGGUCUUGAAUUAUUAGCCAAAUGGAGACAAGAACAAGGAUUGGAAGGUAAUGAAGGUGAAGAAGAUGAUGCCAAUUGGGAAGUCGAAGAAGAUGCUGAUGGAAGUGACAUCGAAGGUGAUUGGGUUGAUGUUGAAUCCGAUAAAGAAAUUAAUAUUUCUGAUAGUGAAGAUGAAGAUGAUAAGAAGGAUGAUGAAGAGGAAGAAAAUGUAGAAGAAGACGAUAAAAAUGACGUCUCUGAUUUGGACUUAUCAUCUGAUGAUGAUGAUGAUGAUGAAGAAGAAGGAGAUGAAUCAGAACAACCUGCUAAGAAGAAACAAAAGAGAUCUGAAGGAGAUGAAGCCAAACCUGUUGAUCCACAACAAGCUAUGAAUGAAUUGCUUUCUAGUAGAAUCUUGACUCCUGCUGAUUUCGCUAAAUUAGAAGAAUUAAGAACUGAAGCUGGUGUUUCUAAAAUUAUGGGUAUUUCCAACGAAGAAGCUGUUGAUUCUACAACAUUAGUUGGUAAAGUCAAAUACAAACAAUUACGUGAAGAAAGAAUUGCUCAUGCUAAAGAAUCCAAAGAAGGACGUGAGAAAUUCGGAUCUAGAAAGGGUAAAAGAGAUGCUCCUCAUUCUACUACUAAUAAAGAAAAGGCCAGAAAGAAGAAUUUUGUUAUGAUGAUUCAUAAAAAAGCUGUUCAAGGUAAACAAAAACUUUCCUUACGUGAUAGACAAAAAGUCUUAAGAGCUCAUAUAACGAAACAAAAGAAGAAAGGUCAUUAG